GCUACCUUCACUACCAACCCAACACACCUUUUUCAAAAUGGCAGUUAGUUGGAAGUUUGAAGUGCUUACAUUUCACUCUGCUGCUCUCAUGGAGCAUUUGAUUAAUAAGCUAACCUGUCAACAGCUUGACAUAUUGUUAAUUGGUUUAUUAGAAAUAUCAUUUCAAGGUGGAGAUUUUCUCAGGAGCUACAGAAACUCUCCAUAAAGAUCUCAAAGGGCCCAGGCCAGAUGGGCUAUGUAGUCCCUCUAUUGAGUUCUGGAUCUCUUCCCAGUUGGACAUACCCAGACCACCUUUCAACUCGAAGGAGCAACGGCUCUACUCCAAGCUCCCUCCGGAUGUCCGAGUUCCUAACCCUGUUUCUGAGGCUGAACCAGGCCACCUGGUGGAGGAUUGUAUCCCCAGAUCCCACUUCCCCACAACAGUCAGCUUGAAGAACGAGUCUUUUCUCGCUCCGCUUUGCUCCUGCUCUGUUGCAUUAUCAGAAGAUAUCGCAGUGGAGAAACUGCUCUCUCCACCUAGUGCUCGUCGGGGCCCGCAACCAUCACAGUGUCUGCUCAUGUUGAACAAAAUGGACAGAGGAGUAUCUAAAGGCUUAUCACUGGCAUUGUAUUACCCAGAAUUCCUUUUGCCUGUGUUAUUCUCAUCUCUCUCUCUCUGUCUCUCUGUCUCUUUCUCCCGCACGCUCCUGAUCCACAUUUGGCAUGGCUGGAUGGUCAUUUUGCCAGGGGAGAAUUGGAAGAGAUUGUGUGCGGCCCCCUUCAGUAUGUUCUCCCCUUCAAGUCUCUGGAUGUUUCCGUGCAGCAGAGAAGCGGCUAAAGCAACAGUCUAGAGAGAGAGGUAUCCGACGUGAGACCUGAUCCCCUCUUGUGGCAGACGUCUGUGCUGCACCCGGCAGAGGAUGCAGCUGGUUGUCAUGGCAGCAGUGUUGGCAGUGGCGGGGGCGUGGCAGGGCUGCGACUUCGACUGUCAUCAAACCAACAUCAGCAUCCCCGUGGAGAGCUGUGGCAACACCGAGUUCAUCGAGACCACCAUAUGUGCAGGACAGUGCUACCACGAGGAUCCGGUUUACAUCGGCCACGACGACUGGGUUGAACAGAGGACCUGUAACGGGGACUGGUCCUACGAGGUGAAACACAUUAAAGGGUGUCCAGUAGGUGUCACCUACCCAGUGGCCAGAAACUGCAAGUGUACCGCAUGCAACGCAGGGAGCACGUACUGUGGACGCUUUCCUGGAGACACAUCCAGCUGUCUGUCCUUUUAAAGAAACCGAUCAUCUAU